CUCAAACAUCUCUAACUUUUUCCCCCACCAUAAAAAAAUGUCUCGUCUUUUCAUUUUCUUAAACAUCAUCUUCGUUUUAAUCGCAAACACGACAUCUUUAACCGAACACAACCUGAAGCCAAAGCCAAAGCCAAAACCGCGUACUUUUGUAAUUCCUGUCUUUAAAGACACCAGAAGUGGUCUCUACUAUACCAACGUGACGGUCGGCAAACCACCAAUUGUGGCUAACCUAGUCGUAGACGUUAGAGGCUCAGCCUUAUGGUUUGAAUGCGAGACGUUGGGCUAUAACUCAACAACCUCAACCCCUGUCCCCUGCGGGUCCUCCGCCUGCGAAAAAGCUAAAGAUAAAUGCUCCACUUGUCAAGCUUACCUCAAAUCCGAGUUAACCUUUAACACCCGGAUCGCUACUCUUAUUAACGACAAUGUCAUGCUAAGUUACACGUCUCCAUCACUUUACGUAGCACCUAAACACGCAGUGAGGGCGCGUAUAGCUUGCAGAGGUUACUUUGAGGGCAUGAUGAGUAUGCUUCCGGCUGAUACUAUUGGCAUUCUCGGUCUCGGUAAUAGCUCCACAUCUUUCGUUAAUAGCCUCGUCUCUUCUUACAAGAUCCCUUUUAAAGUAGCUCUUUGUUUACCUUCGAAGCCCGGUAAUAAUCACGGGUCUGUUUACAUUGGCGGCAGUCCGUAUGUGCUGCCGCCUAACCGUAAAGAUGUGAGGGGGUUAUUGGUUUCCACUCCUCUUAUCUCGAAUCGGGAAACAAUAGAGCACGGGGAGGACUAUAACUAUUUCAUAGAUGUCAAAUCUAUUGAAGUUAACGGGAUGAGGCUCUCUUUCGACCAUGAUUUGUUAAGUAACAAGACGGGCCACUGGGGACGCACGAAGAUCAAGAACGUGAUUCCUUACACUCUAUUGGAGGCGUCAAUUUAUAAAGCUCUUGUUAAUGCCUUCUCCGGGAAAGCCAAGAAGCAAAAAGCCGUGUAUCCGUUCACUGACUGCUUUAGCUAUAAAAGUUUUGGAGGAAAGUCUCUUUUGGGGAAAGAGACUCCGGUGAUCAGUUUGGUGUUGGGAGGAGGAGUCAAGUGGGAUAUCUACGGACCAAACUCGUUGGUGAAAGUGAAGAAAAAUGUUGUGUGUCUAGCAUUUCAGGAAGCUGACGAGUUUGAGUCGAAGUUCCCAAUCGAGAUCGGAGGGUAUCAAAUGGAAGAUAAUCUAGUUGAGUUUGAUCUUGAGGCCUCAAAGUUUUCUUUUACUUCUUCUCUUCUGCGUCACAACACAUCUUGUAGUCCACAGUGAUGAGUUACUUGCUAUAGAGCUCGUUACUUUUCUUUCUAUUUCAGGCUCAAACGCCAUAUUAUCAAUAAGACGUCGAGAAAAAGCUCUCUAAGGGAACCUAUUGGUCGCUGAACUUUUACUAUUGUUUGUUCAUUUUAGUUUUUUUUGUUGAACUGAUUAUUCAUUUUGGUUUCAUAAUGUGAUUUCCUUAUAACCUCACAUUUUCAGAAAAAUGUUUGAUGUUUCAAAAUCACAAACAAGACAAAUGCUAUUUUCUUAGCAACUGACAAAUGCU